AUGGCAAACACCUUUGUCAAAAUAAGAGCUUUAGAGAGAGCAAAGCAACUAUUAGAGGAGAAUAGUUACGUUAUCAUAAAGGGUAACCCUGGCUCGGGGAAAACAACACUAGCUAAAUGGUUGUUAAAGAUAUUAAUGGAUAAUGGAAAACGUCCUCUUCAGCUUUUUAAGGUUUCUAAACUUUAUGGUAGAGUAUCAGCGGAUGACAAUGUUGCACUCUUCAUAGACAAUGUAUUUGGUGAAUUCUCGUUUUCAACUACGGAGUUCAACGAAUUUAUCAAUAAAAAAGAAUUAAUAACAUCUGUUUUAAAAUAUAACGAAAACAGAACGGGAAAUGUUUUACUUUUGACAAUCAGGAAUGAUAUUUACAUGGAAGUUCUCGAUAAACGAAAGUCCAAUUCCUUCUUUUGCUCCUCUGUGACUGACUUAUCAAGCGGAGAAUAUGCUUUACAAACUAACGAAAUUGAGAUGUUUCUCGAGAAAUAUGGGUUGUCUGCAGAAGGGAAGGGUCAAGAUAUGAAGGAAAAACACUCUGAGUUAUAUCGAUCAUUGGGAUUUCCUCAGUGCUGUAGCUUAGCACGUGGAAAUCCUGAGUUUGGAAAAAAUAUUUCAAAUUUUCUCAAUGACCCUAGUCUGUAUCUGAAAGACUACAUUGACACCCAGAUAAGGGAAAAACAUGCUAAAACUGCUGUGCUUAUAUACAUACUACUGAAAGGUGGUCACGUGGAAGCAGCGCUCUUCAAAAAUCAAAAGGAUCGGGAAACUAAAAUGGUUGCUUUAGGAAUGCUUGAAUUAGGGCGUCCAUCAUUUGGCCAAUUCCAAAAGAGCAUUCAUUUAUAUGAAGGUUUCUUAACAAAACAUGACAAAAUAAAUAAUGCUUUCAUGUUUUCUCACAGUUCUGUUCAGGAGGCAAUAUUUAGAGAAUUGUUUGUUGCAUUUCCAGAGGAAAUUACACGCAAUUGUCAUCAUUCCUUGCUUCAGAGUUUGACUACAAGUAUAAAUCCAAAAAGUACACAGAUUGUCAUAGAGAAGGAAAUGUUUGAAAUUGUAGCUUGUCGGAUUGAACAGAUAUUAAGGGAAGGUUCAGACUCAGGAUUUCGUUCGAUAUCUGUUUUGGAGCUUUGGACUGAUUCAGACUUUUACCAUCAUAUUCUAAAAAAUGAGUUAUGUAUUGAAUAUAUUAAAAAACAGGUCGAUUCCAAAGGAAAUGGAAUGAUAGUACAUUUCGCAAAAGCAGGGCAUAUAGAUUGGAUUCGUGAACUGCUGCAGAAUUCAGAUGAAACACAAAAGUAUCGGUCACUUAAUGCUGCAUGCGCAGAAAAUCAAGAGAGCAUUGUUAGGAAUAUUUUAUCUAGCGGAGUUAAAUCUGAUCUAACUACUUGCUUUCACGCAAUACAAGGUGGAAAUUUGAACCUUUUCAUGGAAUUAUGCGAAUCAGUAGACGCACUUCAAACUUCUUUCUCUCUUCAUCCAAAGUGUUCCAAUACAAACAACAGUUUACUUCAAGAGGCUUGUUCAAUGGAACAAUUACAAUUUGUGGAACCUUUGUUGAGUCGUUACCCAAAACUUAAGGACAUAAAAAAUAAGUUCGGUGAAACGGCAAUGCAUUCUGCUGCACAAUCUGGAAAUAUCAAUGUCUUCAAUCUUCUCUUAAAAGCCGGUUUAAAUCCUUUAGAAAGAAAUUAUAAAAUGGAAACUGUUCUUGCAUGCGCUGUUAAACAUGGAAAACUAUCCAUGGUAAAAUUCUUGGUUAAAAAAUACCCAAGACUUUUACAAAGCCACACUUUUUACCAUGGAACAACUAUUUUACAUCUGGCUGCCUUAUCUGGAAAUGUUGAUCUUUUCGAAUUUCUUACGGGACAGUACGAACUUCCCUCGACCAGGCUUAAAAAACCAAAUAUUAGCAAACGAGAUGACGAUGGCCUAAAUGUGUUGCACUACGCAUGUUCUGCUGGUCAUCUUGAAAUAAGUAGAUUCUUAAUAUCAAAAUAUCCCCAGCUGCUUUCUGAAAAAGACAAUUACGGAGAAGAUGUGCUACACAAAGCAGCAGUGGGAGGUAAUGUUGAUCUGUUUCAAUUGUUACUGAACGAGGGUUUGAAAAUAGAAAGCACAGCAAAUAACGGUAACAGUGUAUUGCAUUCCUCUUUAUACACGGAUAAAGAAGAGGUGUGUAGAUUCCUAGUAAACAACUAUCCCGACUUUAUAAAGAAGAGAAACAAUGCAGGUUGGACAGCUGUACAUUGUGCUUGUGAGGGUGGAAAUGUCGGGCAUUUGUCUUUCCUUUACGACAAAGGCUUGGAUAUCGAUGCAUUAACCAAUCUUGGAAAAUGUGUCCUUCAUAUUGCAUGUUAUAGUGCUAAUUAUGAUGUGAGCAGGUAUUUAGCUGAGAAGUAUAAAAAAUUUCUACAUAUCAUUGAUAAGAGAGGACACACAGUUUUGCAUGAUGCAAGCUUUGGAGGAAACGUAGAUAUUUUCAAGCUUUUGAUAACGAAAGGUUUAGACAUCAACUGUGUAGAACACAACGGAAAGACAGUUCUUCAUAUAUGCUGCUAUAAAGCAAGAAAGGGAAUGUGCGAAUAUCUGGUCGAGAAUUACCCACAUUUACUCGAUAUUAAAGAUAAUAAUGGCCAUACAGUUUUACACGAUGCUUGUAUCGGUGGAAGGGUUGAUAUUGUGGAUUUUCUGGUCACUAAAGGCAUGAACAUCAAAGCCGUGACAAACAUUGAAGAUUUGAAUGAAAAUACCUAUCCGAGAAAUAGUGAAAUGUCUCAGUUUUUAAAGAAAGGUAAUAAUAUCAAUGCUACAGGAGGGAAAACAGUUUUACAUAUCAGUUGUUUAUGCAGUAGAAGACAGAUGUGUGUGUAUUUGGUCCAAUGUUACCCUCAAUUAAUGGAGAUCAAGGACAAUGCUGGAAGAACGGUUUUACAUGAUGCAUGUUUGGGUGGAAAUGUCGGAAUUUUGUCAUUCCUCCUUAGCAAAGGUAUGGAUAUCAAUGCUUUGACGACCUUAGGUAAUUCAGUGCUUAAUAUGUCAUGUAUCAGUGCUAAAUAUAUUGUAUGUGAAUAUUUAGUAAACUACUUUCCACACCUACUGAAUGUUAUUAACAAAGAUGGUUACUCAUGUUUGCACCUCUCAGCCGCUGGAGGUAACGUUGACAUUUUGAAACUUUUUUUACGAAAAGGCAUGGAUAUAAAUUCCGUCGGAAAAAGUGGAAAAACAGUUCUCGGGAUAAGCUGCCGUUUUGCUCAGUCAGAAAUGUGUUAUUUUCUUUCUGAAAAUUAUGCACAUUUGAAAGAAAUCAAGGACAAUGAGGGUCAAACAGCGUUACAUGAUGCAUGUUGGGGAGGAGAUGUGAACAUUUUUACUUUUCUUCUUGGGGAAGGCUUAGACAUCAAUGCUUUGACAGACAAGGGAGAGACACUACUUCAUUUUGCAUGUGAAAGUGGUAAAUACUCUCUGUGUGAGUGUCUUAUCUUCAACCACUCACAUUUACUUAACCAAAAGGAUGAUUUUGGCUAUACAGUUUUGCAUUUAGCAGCAACAAGUGGUAAUAUUGAUGUUGUAAAACUUUUGAGAGAGAAAGGAUUGGAUAUGAUGUCUGUAGGUCUAAAUGGUAAAACUGUAUUGCAUCUGUCCAGCAUGAAUAGUAGAAAGGAAAUGUGCAAAUAUAUUCUGCAAUAUUAUCCUCAGCUCAAAAAUAUUAGGGAUGAAGAUGGUCAUACAGCCCUACAUGAUGCAUGCGAGGGUGGGAAUGUAGAUACUGUGUCGUUUUUACUUGCUAGAGGUUUUGAUAUCAAUGCAUUGACGAAUACUGGGGAGACUGUCCUUCAUUCUGCAUGUUUCAAUGGCAAUUAUAGUGUUUGCAUGUUCUUACUUGACAAGCAUCCUCAUUUACUUAAUGUCAAGGACAGACAUGGUAACUCAGUAUUGCACGACGCAGCCUCGGGAGGAAAUGUUAACAUUUUGAAAUGUUUGAUUACGAAAGGUCUGAAACUCAACUCACUAGGGGCUAAUAGAAAGACAGUUCUACAUUUCGCCUGUCAUUACUGUAGAAAAGAAAUGUGCGAAUAUCUUAUAAAUAACUUUUCUCAGCUAAUGUAUAUCAAGGACACCGAGGGGUACACUGCAUUACAUGAAGCUUGUAUUGGCGGAGAUGUAUCAAUUUUAUCAAUUCUUCUGGAUAAAGGUAUGAACAUCAACGCAUUAGACAGGCGGGGUUAUUCUGUCCUCGACGUUGCAUGUUCCAAUGGAAAGUAUGCCGUGUGCAAAUAUUUAGUGGCGAAGCAUAAAGACUUACUGCGUUUCAGACACAAAUAUGGUUUUUCACUUUUGCAUAGCACAGCUCUAGGAGGUAAUGUGGAAAUCUUUAAGUUUCUGAGGAUAAAAGGAGUGGAAAUCAACUCUGAUGUAAAUGGGAAAACGGUUUUACACAUUUGCUGUCUCCAAGGUAAACAAGAGAUGUGCAAGUUCCUUCUUGAGAAUUACUCUCAUUUAAAAAAUGUGAAAGAUAGAUUUGGUCAUACAGCGUUGCAUGAUGCCUGUAUUGGUGGAAAUUUGGAAAUGGUCCGUUAUCUUCUUGGAAAAGGGUUGAAUGUUAACAUCCUUACAAAUGCUGGAGAAAGUGUCUUAAAUCUUGCUUAUGAUAAUAAAAAGCAUGAUAUUUUUCAGUAUUUUGUUAACAGCCAUCCUCAUUUAGUCUUAUGUUUAUUUAAGGACUAUGAAAUGUAA